GGGUCUGACGGCUCGGACGGCUCCGAUCAUAUUGGUCAAUCAUCGUCGUCCUCGUCUUCGUCGUCGUCAUCAAGCGAAUCAGACGAACAUGAAAGAGACAACGUUAAAAAUGAUGGACGAGGAAACGAUGAUAGGAAGCAACAACAGGUAUACAAUAACAGAAACGAUAUCGACAGCAGUGAAGAGGACGGACGAGACGAUGAUAGCCUAGAUAGAAACGGCAACGAGGAAAAGAGUCAGGAAACUACAAUAGAGAAAGAUGGAAUCGACAAAGCCAAAAGUCAAACUGAAAAUAAACUUCAGCAGAUUUAUAAUAAUAAAAACCAAUUAGAAAGCGAGGAGAUAGAUGACGAAAAUGGAAAUAAAAUCAAGGAAGCAAAAGUAGACGACAUGGUUGAUGUCCCCGGCGCUUCUAAAUCAGGGCCUAUUAUUUCCCAACAAAGUGACGGUGCUGGAGCGAGCGAAGGUGUUGCUCUCCCUAAUGCUAACGACGGGACCACUUCUAUCCUAUCCGGAAAGGCAGACGAUAAUAAGGACAGUGAUGAAAGCCGACCCAGAGGAGAAGAUGAUAGCAAUGAAAGUAGGCCCCGAGGAGAGGAUGACGGUCGUCCAAGAGGUGAAAAUACAGCAGGAGGCAAGAAAAAGUGGCCGAAACUGGUACCGGACAUGUUUAAAAGUCUGGUACCGGAAGCAAAGAAAAAUAGCACUAAACACACUAUCAAUGCUGACAGCAAGAAAAACAACACAAAGGGACAGGAAACUGUCAGUAAAAGUAACCAUGGUUGGCCGUACUUUGUACCGGAAGUGUUCAAACCGCUCAUACCGGACACGGAGAGGAACGGGACACAGGCAGAGGACAACUCGGACACGUACAAACAGAACAACAACAUGUCUUAUACGGAGACGUACGUCAUGGACCAGUACAUGGAAAAUCUGCCGUACGCCCAGUCGAUGCUGACGUUCGGUAAGGCUGGGGAACAUGAAGUAGAACACACGGACGCCUCAGGGGGUGACAAGACUCAAAGCGCUGACUUCAACAUCCCACCAGACGAAAUAACCAUGCAGAAUGGCGGCGCCGGAUACUCAAGUGCGAACGAAUCAAGCGGCGUAGGAAACAACAACAAAAGUCCCUUCAAAGUAAACUACAGUGGUAUGUCCGCGACCGGAAGUCAUGGAGUCGAUGACAAAAAUAAAUCCCCGGGUAAAAUGAAACCUCCAGGGAAGGAGGGCGGAGAGGCUGCUGGCGAAUCACAUCAACAGGUACCUGAUAACAAACCAGGAAAAGUAAAGGGCACACAGGACGGGAAAAACAAAGCUACAGAGACUCAGUCGAGUGGAGGAGGAACUGUACCUAAAGGUCAAGGUAGUCCCAAGGGGGACCAGUAUAAUAGGCCGCCGGGUAACGUACCAAGUGUGCCCGACUAGUAACUGAGGACACAAGUUUGACAGGUCACCUGAUACGUCUAAUGACAUCAGCUUAACAUGUCACCUGAUAACUACGAAAUGUCCACGAAAGGUGGGUUAGUAAUUUGAAAAAUCGCAAAUUACCCGGGUUUUUUUGUAUUGUAACCUUCAUUGUGUUAUAUUUACAUUUUGUUUUCAUUUUUUCUGCGUGUUUUGGCAAUAAAG